UCAGUACUGUUUCUGCUGCCCUGGAAACUAUGCAAGGACUAGCACAGACCACCGUGGCAGUGGUUCCUGGAGGUGAUCAGCCCUCUGAGAAGUCUGCUACGAAAUCACAAAUGUGGAAUGAGAGCAAAGAGAAAUUCUUGAAGGGGGAACCCAAAGUCCUCGGAGUUGUACAAGUUAUGAUUGCUCUCAUAAACCUCAGCUUAGGAAUAAUAAUAAUGACAAAUAUAUUUAAUGAAGCACAUAUUUCAGUGAUCUUAAUGGCCCCAAUUUGGGGACCAAUAAUGUUCAUUAUCUCAGGAUCCCUGUCAAUUGCAGCAGGAGUGAAUACUACAAAGAGCCUGGUCAUCAGCAGUCUAACUUUGAACACUAUCAGCUCUGUGUUGGCUGCAGCUGCAAGUAUAAUGGGUGUUGUCAGUUUGGUUGUGGGUGCAUUUCGUGGAAGUUUUGGAGUCACCAGGGGUUUGGAUGCUUUGAUGUUAAUCUUAAAUAUGCUAGAAUUCUGCAUUGCUGUGUCCAUCUCUGCAUUUGGAUGUAAAGCUUCCUGCUGUAACUCCAGUGAGGUUCUUGUAGUGCUACCAUCAAAUUCUGCUGUGACAGUAACGGCACCUGCCAUGACACUUCAACCAUUGCUACCAUCAGAACACCAAGGGAAAAAUUUUCCAGAAAAUGUAUACAAGAAUCACCCAGGAGAAAUAGUCUAAUAUUGGUGUGUGUGUGUGCAUUUUCCUGGGAAAUUAACACUUCAUUGCACUGGCUAUUGGGGGAAUAUCAGAUAUGCUGUAAAUACAUCAGUCAAACAUUUAAUAGGUCAACAACACUUUAACAUCCUCCAUUCAUUGUAUGUACAAGAGGAGAUGAAUUGGCAAAGAAGUUUUGAAAGCAAACUGAAACAAACAGACUGUUAGCGAAGUGAGUUCUCUUUGUAAAGAGUGAAGACCGGAGUUCAUAUUUCCUGGGGGCUUUUGCUAAAUAAAUAGAUUUAACUGCUUUUGAACAUGUACAAACACAUAAAGUGUGUAAAACAACAUGUAUAUUAAAUUACUAAUGAUUGCAACUAA